AUGGGAUGUUCAGCUAGCGUCAUGACGGAAGAGGAAACUCGCUAUCAAUUGCAAAAACAGAAGUCGCUUGCAAUAGAUAGAGCUCUUCUCCAGAAGAAAAAGGAGGAAGCAAACCUGAUCCGAAUUUUUCUCUUGGGUGCUGGAGAUUCUGGAAAGUCCACCGUAUUGAAGCAAAUGAGACUUUUGCACAAUGACUCUUUUACUGACAUGGAGCGCUGUCACUAUACUCACAUCUUAUGGAUGGAUAUGAUCGAAUCCAUGAGGAUGCUUAUUUUCAAUGCUCGGAAGUACAAAAUUCCGUUGGAAUGCGACAGGCCCAAUUCACCUCUUAUUCCAUUCAAACGCAUUAUUGUCGAAACAGAAAGACGUUUUGCUGAGGAGCCAGACGACGAUGACAAUGAUUUGGGGGACUACGCUGUUGGGUACUUCAGCCAGGCCAAACCAAGGCCAAAAAGGAAAGAUACAACUGACUUGGAUGUCACCCUGUUGAUCAGUGACUCAGACUACGAAGAGGAGAAGAUCGAGCCUGUGGGCCGCAGACACUCCAGGGAAGAUAUUGCAGAGGCCAUUCACCAGCUUUGGAACAACGACAGAGGAAUCAAAAAAUGUUACGAACAAAGAAACCGUUUUCAAUUGGAAACUUCAGCACUGUACUAUUUCGAAAUCGUUCACAAAUUGAAGAAUAGAAUGUAUCGUUGCACUGACAAAGACAUCUUGAUGGGUAGAAUCAAGACUACUGGUAUUUCUGAGCACCAGUUUAAAGUCAAGGGUUCGGUGUUAAAACUUCUUGAUGCAGGUGGACAGCGUUCCGAGCGCAAAAAAUGGAUCCACCAUUUCCAGCAUGUAAAUGCGAUCAUUUUUGUUGUAGCGGUUCUGGAGUAUGACCAGACUUUGUAUGAAGACGGAAGGGUGAGCCGUAUGGAAGAGUCUUUGUCAUUGUUUGAUACAAUUUGCAAUUCUCGGUGGUUCUCGAACACACCGUUCAUUCUUUUCUUGAAUAAAGUCGAUCUUCUUGAGGAGAAGUUGCAUAAAUCUCUUAUUACAGAUUACUGUCCAAAUUACAAGAAGGAUCCGCUAGAUGUGGAGCUGGUUUUGGACUACUUCGAGAAGACGAUUUUGAGUUUGAAUCGCUACGCCAAACCGAUUUAUGUCCAUCGUACCUGUGCAACUGACACUGCAGCUAUGAAAUUCGUAUUGAAUGCUGUCACCGAUAUGAUGAUUUCGCAACAGCUCACCAAGAGUGGACUUAUGUAA